AUGUCAGAAGAAUAAUCUAUAUCAAUAGAACUGGUAAUGGCAAAAUUAGAAGAUGGAGGAAAGACUCUUAGAUUAAAUAUUUUAGGUAAUUUAAUAUUUGUUAAUUGAGGUAUUACUGAAAUCAAUUAAUGCAUAAAAGAUCAUAUGAAAUUAGUAUAGACAUUGGAAUUGCAUCAUAAUCUAUUGAAAAGAGUAUUGAUAUUCUAAUUCUUUGAUUGAUAAUAUAGAUUCUGCCAUUCUAGAGAAUUUGGGGGUUUCCAAUAAUGAAUUAGAAGGUGUUCAAAAAAUUCAAUUACCAAAAUUAUUAAAAUUAGAUAUAUCGUAUAAUAGGAUAACAAGUUUAAUUUUGGGAAGUCGAUAAAUUUAACAUUUGAAUUUAGAAAAUAACAAAUUACAUAAAGUAGCAAAUAUUUUUUAAUUAUAGAUUGAUUUCUUAAAUAACCUAAAAGACUUAAGAUAUUUGAAUAUAGGAGGAAACUUAAUAGAGAAAAUAGACUUUCUAGUAUUCAAUGUUUAAGUAUUAUAUAUUGAUAUAUUUAAGUUAGAAGAAUUGAAUAUCAGAAGAAAUAAAAUAUCAACUUUAAAAGGUUCAUUCAGUAAUACAAAGAAAUUAAAGAUUCUUGAUGCUAGUAAUAAUUAAAUUAAUGAUAUUUAAUUUAUUGAUACUAUAACUGAAUUAGAGGAAUUAAAUCUAUCAUAUAAUUAAAUAAGUGUUUUGAAGAUAGAAAAUUAGAAUGAAAAUCUUAAUAUUUUAGAUUUAAGUUAUAAUCAAAUUGAAGAUUUAAGAGUAUUAGAAUUUAAAUUUCCAUAUUUAACUAAUUUAUAUGUAUAAUCAAAUUAGAUAUAUGCAGAAAACUGUUUUGAUUUUUUAAAAUUAAUGUCAAAUUUGAUUGAAAUCUAAUUUUAAGGAAAUCCAUUUUAAAGUAGAGAAUAUGAAGAUAAAUUCAUAGUAGAUUGUCCAUGGUUAGAAUUGAUUAAUGGUAGAGAAGUAGGUAAACCUGGACAAUAUUUAAAAUAAGAAGUGUUGGCAUUAAAAGAAAAAUUGUAAGAAUUAGAUAUUGAUGUAAAUAAUUAUCAUAUGUCUGAUUUGGAUAAUGAAGAAGGAAUAGUUACUGAGGAAAGAUUAAAAGCAAUUCUUAGAGUAUAAGGAUUUUAGGAUGAUGAGGAUGAUAAUGAGAAUGUGAGUAAAAUAAAUGAAGAAGAUUAGAAAGAUGAAAAUAUUAUGGCUGAAAACGAAUUUUUUAAAUUUAUUACAGAAUAGAAUGAAUAGAUGGAUAAUAUUAGAGCUUAAUAUUUGAGAAAGUUAUUGAAAACUUAAUAAUCUGAAUGUUCUACUGAAAGACUAAAUCAAGAGGAAUAAUCACUUUAAGAUUCUUAAAUUAAAUAAUAAAUUGUUUAAGAUUCAAAUGAGUAAGUAGUUAGUAUGAAUCAGAAUAAUAAAGAUUCAAAUUUAAAAUAGAAACUAUUAAUUAGAUCAUUACCUAAACCAUAAAAGAAAUAAUCAAUUCUUUCAGAAAUAAGUUAAUUAAAAUAAAAUAUGAAAUCAAAAGAGUUUUAUCAAUCUUUAGGAUUUACUUAACCACAAAAUAGAAAUCGAGGAUCUUAAUAGAGAAUGAAUCUUUCUUCUGAAAAUUUUAAUAAAUCAUCAGAAAUAAGAAGCAGUUCUAGUCGUCCUUAAAUGACUAAUUCAUAAUUGAAGUUACCUAAAAUUUGA